AGGUUCAGAAAGAAAUAAUCUUGACGAGGAUGUAGUUCGUGGUUUACAAGAGAUGCUCGAUCAUUACAAUGUGUUGGUCAAGUCGUUUAGAAUGACUCGGGAGACGGUGAACCAGCACCAACAAAUCGAAGUUAAGAUGCGUCUUAUCGGUAGAAGGAACAAGGAUGGUCGACGUUAUAAUUUACCCUCGACUUCGGAAGUCGCCGCCUUAGUUGUUGGCGAUUUCGAUGAUGCUAUGGGGAGCAGGGAUAUUAUAGUAGAAAAUCAGAGCGGACGUUUGCAGCGGAUCAACGAGUUGAACGCUUCAUACUUGGCUCUCCAUUAUCCUGUUCUUUUUCCAUACGGCGAGGAUGGUUACAGGGAGGACAUUCCAUUCUCCCCCCUAAAACCUAUUACGAAGAGGUCGAGGAAAUUUAUCAGUCCGAACGAGUUCUUUAAAUAUCGGAUGCACGAUAGGGAUGCCGAAUUGUCGUUAAUUCUUUCUGCUCGGAGGUUGUAUCAGCAGUUUGUUGUGGACGCUUACACAAUGGUGGAGGGAUUUCGGCUCAAAUACAUCCAUUUUAAUCAGGGAAACUUGAGAACUGAGUUGUAUAGCCGACUUUCAGAUGCCGUGUUGCGCGGUGACACAAAUCCUGCUUCUCAAGGCAAACGGAUUAUACUUCCGUCAUCCUUUACAGGAGGCCCGAGAUAUAUGAUUCAGAACUAUCAGGAUGCAAUGGCAAUUUGUCGUUGGACCGGGUAUCCUGACAUUUUCAUAACCUUCACUUGCAAUCCGAAGUGGCCCGAAAUUAGUCGUUUUCUUGCUGAGAGGAACCUCAACCCAGAGGAUCGUCCUGAUAUCAUUUGUCGGGUUUUUAAGGCUAAGUUGGAUGCAUUGAUGAGGGAUGUUCGACAUAACAAGAUGUUUGGAGAUGUGAAAGCAGCAAUCUACACGAUUGAAUUCCAGAAGCGUGGCCUUCCUCAUGCCCAUAUCUUGCUUUUCCUUGCCAAGGAAUUCAAGAUACAGACUACUGAUGACAUAGAUAAAAUAAUUUCUGCCGAGAUACCGGAUGAGACCACCGAUUCGUUUUACUAUGCCGCUGUUAGAGAUCAUAUGAUGCACGGCCCCUGCGGGAGUGUUCGCCCGAAAUCCCCGUGUAUGUCGAACGAUUGUUGCACGAAACAUUUUCCUAAAAAGUUCUCUGAAACCACAACCCUUGACGAAGAAGGCUAUCCACGAUACAGACGUCGUGAUAAUGGCAGGACCAUAGUAAAAAAUGGCAUUCCCCUGGAUAAUAGAUAUGUUGUGCCUCAUAACAGACAAUUGCUCCUGAAGUACGGCGCGCACAUAAAUAUGGAGUGGUGCAACCAGUCGAGGUCCAUCAAAUAUUUGUUCAAGUACGUGAACAAGGGGAACGAUCGUGUUACUGCCAUCUUCCAUGCGUCCAAUGGAGAUGAGUCCUCUAGCAGCCCAGUUGACGAGGUGAAGAUGUUCUAUGAUUGUCGGUACGUUUUAUCUUGUGAGGCUGCGUGGCGGUUGUUGGAUUUUGAGAUUCAAUACAAGCACCCAUCAGUGGAGCGCUUGAAUUUUCACCUCGAGAACGAGCAUCCGUGCUACUAUCCCGAUCAAGCUCCGAUCGAUGAAGUGGUUGAGAAAAAUAAAAAUGCCGCUAGCAAUUUUUUAGCUUGGAUGGAAGCGAACAAGAAGUAUCCCGAAGCCAAGAAACUGACAUAUGUUGAGGCUCCCACCAAAUUUACGUGGCACUCGGAAACCAACAGUUGGGAGCCUAGGAAAGGAAGUGACCGUAUCGCGCGUUUGUACUUUGUCCCCCCUGGUGCUGGUGACAUAUAUUACUUGCGGUGUCUUAUCAACGUUGUUCGAGGUGCAACGUGUCAUCGUGACUAUAUGAAGUUGGAUGGAGUACAACACGAUUCUUAUCGUGACGCGUGUUUUUCCCUCGGUCUGGUUGAGGACGACAAAGAGUACAUUGAAGGGAUUAUCGAGGCAAGCCAGUGGUCGAGUGCCAAUUCGUUGAGAAACCUUUUUGCUACUUUGUUGUCUUCUUAUACUCUCGGCCGACCGGAGUUCGUGUGGGAAGCAUGUUGGCCUUACCUCUCGGAUGAUAUAUUAUAUAAUCGUCGGAGGCUUUUACAGCAUUCAG